CCUGGGGAUUCCAGAUCCUGGGAAUUCCAAUUGCUGGGAAUUCCAGAUCCUGGGGAUUCCAGCUCCUGGGGAAUCCAAUUCUUGGGCUUCCCAAAUCCUAGGAAUUCCUGCUCCUGGGGGAUCCAGCUCCAGGGAAUUGCAACUCCUGAGAAUUCCAGCUCCUGGGGUUCCAAACUCCUGGAGACUGCAGCUGCUGGAGAUCCCAGCUCGUGGAGAUCCCAGCUCCUGGAGAUUCCAGCUCCUUGGGGAUCCGUCAGAAUGGAUGAGGGGCCAGGGGUGGCACCUUGGUGGCUGUGAGCUGAUGAGUUUCCUCCCGCUCCGCUGACGACGGAUGGGGGCCGGGCGGGGCGCCGGAGGGGCAGGAGGCGGCUGCCCGCGGGACCCGGCCGGGCAGAGGGGAGAGCUGCCCACCCACCCCCGGAGCCGGGAGCCCCCCGGCCCCCCGGGCCAUGGAGGGACCCCCGGUGCUCGGCCCCUCCUCGUGGCAGCGGCGCCGCGCGUGGGCCCGGCAGAGCCGGGGAUGGAGCAGCCCCGAGGGCGAGCACGAGAAGGAGGAAGAGGAGGACGCGGAGGAAGAGGAGGAAGAGGAGCAGGCGGCCGCUGUUCCCUGGGAGCCGCCACAGCCGGACCGCGCUGUCCGGGGCGGUCAGGGCCAGCCCGGGGCGCGGGAGGGACCCCCGGGCCGGGUCCCCUCACGGCCCCUGUGUCCCCCAGGAGCGCUCUGCGGCAGCGUCCGGACCUGGCUGCGGGACUGCGGGGCUGCCGCGCUGGACGAGCCGGGAUCGUGGGGACCCUGCGCGCGUGGCAGCAGCGGGACGAGCCUCGAGGACGAGCUGAGCUCGGGAGCUGAAGCUCUGUUGCUCCCGGGGACCCCCCAGGCGGCGGGCAGGAGUCAGUGGGAGCGGCGGCCGAACCCUGGGGACAGCACGGCCUGCAGUGUCCCCUCCGGUGUCCCCUCCGGUGUCCCCUCCGGUGUCCCCAGCAGCCGCAGGUGGGGGCAGGGCGCUCGGGGGUCGCUGUCACGCCUCUGUCCCCCCGGCGGGACUGUCCCCUCGCGCAGCCUGCUCGCCGUGCUGGCCUGGUGCCAGUCGGACGCCGAGGAGAUCCUGCACAGCCUGGGCUUCGUGGGGAGCGAGCCGGGGGUCGCGUCCCGGGUCCCCCCCCGCUUCUUCUCGGGCCCGUCCCGCGCCAGCGGCAUCGACCUCGGGCUCUUCCUGCGGGCCCAAGCGCGGCGCCUGGCCACGGAGGAUCCCUGCCUGCUGCUGGCCAGUCGCUUCCAGCAGGUGCAGGCCCUGGCUGCCGCCGCCGACGCGUUCUUCUGCCUCUACUCCCACGUGUCGCGGACCCCCCUGCAGCGCAUCGCCCCCCCCCGGCCCUGUCGCGACAUCCCCGACAGCGCCGAGCGGCCCGGGGAGCGCCUGAAGCGCGCGGUGUCCUCGCUGUGCCUCUACACCGGGGCAGGCGACAACGGCGACAUCCCGCGGGGGGGGACCCGGGGCGAGACCCCCUGCCCCCGCAGCGCGCGGGACCCGGGGGGGCUCCGGGCGGGGCCGGGCGGUGCCCCCGAGGGCUCCCGGGGGGACAGCGACACGGCCACGGGGCAGUGGUGGCCGUCCCCGAGGCCACCCCCUGCGGGGACAGCGUGGGGACACCCCGAGCGCUCCUGUCCCCGCGGCCGGGGGGUCUGGGGGCGCGGGGGGGCUUCGUGCCCUGCCAGAGUAGCGCGGGGGGACACAGGGACACCCAGCAGGGUGGCGGCCAUCCCCGAGAGCCCCGCGGGGCUGCGACCCCCGGGCGACCCCGGCCUCGACCCUCGGUGCCACCCGGGGGCCACCACGAGGGCCGGGGGACACCUCGCCGGGCUGCGGGGGGGUCCCCAGGGGCUGCAGCCCCCCGGGAGUGUCCCCAAGCCCCCCGAGCCACGAGGAGCGGCGGAGUCCUUCGAGCUGGAGGAGGUGCUGAGCGAGGAGGAGGAGGAUAAUGACGAUGAUGAUGAUGAGGAGGAGGAUGAUGAUGAUGACGAUGAUGAUGAUGCCCCCGAGGAAGCCGCCCGCUCCCCCCGUCCCUUCAUCAGCACCCGCAGGAGCUCCCUGCUCCAGGGGCGCUCCCACAGCAGCGGCUUCGGGGAGGAGCCGCUCCCCCCCUCGGCGCCCCCGGCCCGGACUGCGUGACCCGAGGCCACCUCGGGAGGACGUGUGGCCUCGGCCGGCUGUCCCACGGACGUUUUGGACACGCGUGUGACACGUGUGCGUGUGUGUGUGUGUGGCACAGGAAAACCUCCGCGCUCGGGAUUUUGCCCCAUUUUUUUGUCCCUCCCUCGCCCCCCCAGCCCUGUGGCUCGGGGCCUGCAGAGGGGACGUGUCCCCAGCCUUUGGGGGCGUGUCCCCAGCCCUUGGGGACGUCACUUGCACUUUGGUGGGUUUCACUAGAGGGGGGUGGGGACAAAAUAAAGU